GGGGAAGGAGAGGCUGGUUGAGGGGCAUCAGUGAUACGAUCUCUCUUAAUUGAGAGCUAUAUUAAAGUGACCUUGUGUUUUCUCCUGCUUGGCCUUAUAAUAUCUUCACAGAACCGAAUGUUUAUCGUCUUCCGUUUAUGGUUGGCAUCGGAGUUGAUCUGUAGUUCACGACGAGCAGAGUCUAAGACAUACAUGGUUCAGACAGAGUGUGUAACCUACGCUUGUAGGUAUUGUUCUCUCAAAUGUACGAAGGUCUCACCCGUUAGCAUCCGCCAGCAUACUCGACGAGGCGUGUCUCAGACACUAUCUAGUCAAGAUGUGACUUGGGGCCUUACUUCGAGGAUGCGCCAACGGAGCGAUCCAGUGAUUGACUGAAGUCACUUUCAGGAAAGGACCUGAGUGCUAAGAGUGAAAAGUCCAUACAGGCAGUGGGACUCGAGAAUUGAAAUUUUCCGAGAGCCGGUUAAUUAGGCACUGCUUCGGGUCAAAGCAGCUGGUAGUUCGCCGGCUAUACACUUGACGCGAAUUUACCAGCAGUCGCCCAGUUCACCUUGCUACCCCUUGCCGUGGGCAACUUCGCCUAAGUCAAGGUCUGAGCUUUUCGUGCAAAAGUUAUCCAACCGGAGCCCAGCAAGACAUCGGUCACGGGACCGCUUAGUCAUAUGUCUGCGGAAAAGGGAGCGGAAAUUAAUUCUCCG